ACCAAAGGAAGGUGCCAAGCCGAAGUGUACAAAUCUCAUAGGUCAAUAUCUGAUCAGUCUCUGUUAGCAGCUUCAGUAGGAUUCAGGUCUUUUCUUUCUUUAAAUAGAGGGGUCGCGGAAAGAAUUGGGUUCGAGUCCCAUAGCCCCGAUGUGGCGAAAAAGACUGACUGAUUCAACAAUAGAUAAUGACUGCAUUAAGAUUUAAAACUUGUCGUCUAGUUUCAGGAAAUGUUCGGAAUAAAGAACUUACACUAUCGCAACGCAUCGCUCUCCGAAAAUGGAGAAUGAAGAAAAAAUCUAUUAAGAAAAAGAUGUAUCCGAGAAAAAAUCGUAACAGUUACAUACAAUUACGAACUACACGAAAGUUGUCCCUUUUUCAUGGGAAUUUACCCAUCACAAAGAUGCACAGAAGAACAAAACGAACUUCAUAUAUCCCUUUUCUACUCAAUCCAGAAACAAGAUUGGACGUUAUUCUGGUUCGUCUACAUUUUUGUGAAACUAUUCCUCAAGCAAGGCAGCCGAUAAGUCAUCGAAAAGUGUGUGUGAAUAAUGGAAUAGUAAACAUUAGUCAUUUUAAAGUUUCCCACGGUGAUAUAAUAUCUUUUCAAGAAAAUUACGCGAGAACCCGCGGUGAAGAAAUAAGGAAAUUUUUCUAUAUCAAAAUAUCAGUUGAAAAAAUCAUAGGCAAAUUAAGGGGUCACCGGGGAAGACUGCGGAGCAGAAGCAAAACAGAAUGGUUCCGCCGAGUAAGAAUGCGGAGCAGAAGCAAAACAGAAUGGUUCCGCCGACUCAAAACUAAGAAGGGAUGCCGCCUACUACUAAAAGACCGGUUUUUGCAAAAGUUACAUUCUUCUAUGCAAGAACAAGACUUAGAAAGAACAAAGAAGUUUGGAUCCUUGUUCGUCGAGAGAAGCUUUUGUGGAAACAUGUUGAGGUAUAAUAGAAUUGUUUGA